UGACUCCCUGCUCACUUCAUUUUUCAAUCCUUUACUUUCGUCCCCGAACCUUCCCAGCACGGUGGAUUCAUGCUCGGCCCGCGCCCUCCUCGGUCGCCAUGGAGAACAACCACCGUAAGGAGCGCCUCUAUAAGAUCCUGGUCAUCGGGGACCUCGGGGUCGGAAAGACCAGCAUCAUCAAACGAUACGUUCAUCACAACUUCAGCCACAACUACCGGGCCACCAUCGGGGUGGACUUCGCCCUCAAAGUGCUGCACUAUGGCCAGGAGACCGUGCGGCUGCAGCUGUGGGACAUCGCAGGUCAGGAAAGGUUUGGAAACAUGACCCGCGUGUACUACCGUGAAGCGAUGGGCGCCUUCAUUGUGUUUGAUGUCACAAGGCCCGCCUCCUUUGAUGCUGUCACCAAAUGGAAAGAGGACUUGGAUUCCAAAGUGAAGCUUGCGACUGUACUUUUGGCUAAUAAAUGCGACCAGGGUCGGGAUUUUCUUACCAAUAACGGAAUAAAGAUGGAUCAGUUCUGCCAAGAGCACGGCUUUGUGGGAUGGUACGAGACAUCAGCUAAAGAAAACAUCAACAUCGAUGAGGCAGCUAACUGUUUGGUGAAACACAUCAUUGCUAACGAGAGCGACAUGCUCCAAUCAGACGUCGCCGACACCAUCACCCCCCAAUUAGAGCAGGAUAGGGGCGGGAGAUGCUCAUCCUGUUUCAGAUCCUAAUGCCAGCUUGUCGGAUCUGAUGUCCUUUUGUAUACUCAUUAAGUGUGUCCGUCAGCGAGAUGGAGAGAGAACUAUUUUUGCUGUUUGGAAAAAAUGUUAACUCUUUCAGGUCAGAUGGUGUGGGUGAAGACGGAGAAGGAGACAAAAGAAAAAAAUCAAUCAUGCAGCUGUUUGUGUCAAAGCCAAGGUCACCCUCUGGUUGACUCAAGCAUCGACUCUCUCUCUCUCACUCUCAGUAACCAUGGAGAUGCAUUUAAUGAAUGUUUGCAGCUCAUCACUGUGCAGUAUCUGUAUUUACAAAUCCAACAAAUGCAUAUUCUGUCUUCAAGUGACAAUUACUUAAAUUUUUCUGCCUUUUUGUCAUCUUUUCCUCUCACAGCAAUUUCAGUGUAUUGAUUCAUUCAGAAGUACGUUUCUUUUUCACCUGAUUCUCUGAAUGUCUGAAUUACUUUCACAGGUAUGGUUUCUUUUUAGAUUAAAGUUGUCAGUUUUCUGGCACACUCUUGAGUGUGGAUUGUCAUUUAGCUUUAUUUACCGCUGCCAGCUUCAAUAAUGUUUAGUAGGUUAUAUACAUGUAAUUAAAUUGGAUUUUAUUGUGCAAGUGAUUCUCUUCAGU